AUGGACGUCAGCUUGACCUCCUCUGAGGAUGACUCCUCCUCCGAGACUGGAAAUGAUUGGAGCUUCAAGCGCCCCCCGCCUUCCGGCGUGGCAUGGGCUCCCCAAGCUCACUUGUAUGCCGCUGCUCGCAUGGAUCCCGUCACCAUGGUUCAGCAUCUCAAUGACCCGUUCGCCCUGGAGGCAGCGAAGCAGCUGGCAGAGCGAACUAAGACCUACCUGAUCUAUAUCGACCAUUCUCCCACCCUGCCGUUGGGUGGCAUCGAGCGAUGGUUCCAUUACGAAAUCACCGCGAUCGCGGCUGCUCCUCCUCCUCCAUGCGAAGAAGAGAAUCGCGGCCCGGAGGUUAGCGUUCCCAUCUUCCCAAACGACACGCACCCCACGGGACGAAUUCCACUCAAGACCGAUCCUGGCCCUUUCCCGUUCCCCAACUGCUUCCACUGGCCGCUCAAGGCCAUGUUGAUCCGCGUCUUACCUCGUCCCGAGGGGUGGAACCGUGACAAUGCCGUACGACUUCCAGGCGACUCAGAAGUGCUGAUGGGAACCUACUGGGAAAACGAUCAGUUCCGGUGUCGGAACCCGGAAGGGCAUCAUAAGCUGAAGGAGAAGCUAGCUCGAUACGAGAAGACUCUCGGCAAGCAGUUCGGUGCUCAGAUCCCUUUCUCCCUAGUACCCAUGUAG